GCUGGCUGCGUCUGGAACAGUGGCGCGUGGAGAAUGGGAUUGGGCUGGCUCGCCCAGUCACCGGAGUACCAGCGCCUUUUCAACGGACUCUUGCUCAGACCUCUUCUCUCGCUGCCGCGUCUGUCCGCCUCGCAGCUCCUUCGCCCCGGCUGGAGAUAACCUAAAGGAGACGUAAGACUUGCGGGAGGAGGGUCAGCUCUGCUUGUUCAUCAGAGUGGUUCACUAGUGGCUGCUCACGGGAGAAGGUGCUUGUGCUCUGUGACUGCUAAGGUGUACCACUCCACACACUCUGACAUGGUCACAUGACUAGGCUCUACAUUAGCAAGCCAAUCGCCUGCCUCGGGCUGGGCCUGUAACCAAUCAGAACCUUGAAUCAGAUUAUUCAGUCAAUUAGACACCUGCUCUUCGUAGCACACACACACACACACACACACACACACACACACACACACACACACACGCACACACACAAACUCAAAUGCACACAUGCUCCUAACCCGCCAUGAAUCUGACCGUGAAGUUGAGGCGAAACCUGCGUCGGCUGGUCAUCCUGCUGGCCUCCUUCUGUGUGGUCAGUGUGUUGGUGUCGGCCUACUACCUCUACACUGGGUCCACUCAGGAGCUCGAGCUCACAGACCGGGCCUCAGGACCCGACUGCUCGGACCCACAUGCUCUCCCCUACCGACAGGCAGAGCCACGGACACCUAAGCCCAUCGACACCAGCCGUAAGGACCCCGUGGUGCUGGUGUUUGUCGAGAGCCAGUACUCCCAGCUGGGCCAGGACAUCAUUGCCAUUCUGGAGUCCAACCAGUUCCAGUACCGCUCCGAGAUCGCCCCGGGCAAAGGGGACAUCCCCCCGCUCACACACAAGGGGCGCGGACGCUACGCCCUCAUCAUCUACGAGAACCUGCUCAAGUACGCCAACAUGGACACGUGGAACCGAGACCUGCUGGACAAGUACUGCGCUGAGUACAGCGUGGGCGUCAUUGGGUUCCACCGCGCCAGUGAGAACUCUCCGGCGGUUCUGCGGCUGCGGGGGUUCCCCGUGGUCAUGCACACCAACGUGGGGCUGCGCGACUGCUGCGUUAACCCGCGCUCGCCCCUGCUCUACGUCACCAAGGCCGAGCUGGACCGCGGCCCGCUGCCCGGCGACGACUGGACCGUCUUCCUCUCCAACCACUCCACCUACGAGCCCGUGCUGCUGGCCAGGCGGCGGCCAGCGGAGGGUGGGGGUCCCCAGGAGCCGGCGGGCUCGGCCCCGCUGCAGGCCACGGUGGUGCAGGACCUGGGGCUGCUGGACGGUGUCCAGCGCGUGCUGUUCGGCCACGGCCUGGGCUACUGGCUCCACCGGCUCAUCCUGGUGGACGCCAUCUCCUACCUGUCUGGCCGUAAGCUGUCCCGCUCCCUGGAGCGCUACCUCCUGGUGGACAUCGACGACAUCUUUGUGGGGAAGAAGGGCACCAGAAUGAAUGUCAAUGAUGUGAAGGCUCUGUUGGAAACUCAGCAACUCCUGCGUGCUCAGAUAUCGAACUUCACGUUCAAUCUAGGAUUCUCUGGAAAAUUCUUCCACACAGGCACAGGGGAGGAGGACGCUGGUGAUGACCUGCUGCUGAACUAUGUGGAGGAGUUCUGGUGGUUCCCUCACAUGUGGAGCCACAUGCAGCCACAUCUCUUCCACAACGAGUCCUCCCUGCUGGAGCAGAUGAUCCUCAACAAGGAGUUUGCACUGGAUCAUGGCAUCCCCACGGAUAUGGGCUAUGCAGUGGCCCCGCACCACUCUGGGGUGUACCCCGUCCACCUGCAGCUGUACGAGUCCUGGAAGAAGGCCUGGGGCAUCAGAGUGACCAGCACGGAGGAGUACCCCCACCUGAAGCCUGCCCGCCACCGCAAGGGCUUCAUCCACAACAGCAUCAUGGUCCUUCCCCGCCAGACGUGUGGCUUGUUCACACACACCAUCUUCUAUAAGGAGUACCCUGGAGGCCCCAAGGAGCUGGACAAGAGCAUCAGAGGGGGGGAGCUGUUCCUCACCGUGCUGCUCAACCCAAUCAGCAUCUUCAUGACUCACCUGUCCAACUAUGGGAAUGACCGGCUGGGCCUGUACACCUUCGCCAACCUGGCCACCUUCCUCCAGUGCUGGACCAACCUGCGGCUCCACACGCUGCCGCCACUGCAGCUGGCGCACAAGUACUUCCAGCUGUUCCCCGAGCAGAGGCACCCCCUCUGGCAGAACCCUUGUGAUGACAAGAGGCACAAGGACAUCUGGUCUAAGGAGAAGACCUGUGACAGACUGCCCAAAUUCCUGGUCAUCGGUCCACAGAAGACAGGGACGACAGCACUCUACCUCUUCCUCAUCAUGCACCCCUCCAUUAGCUCCAACUUCCCUUCUGCCAAGACCUUUGAGGAAGUGCAGUUCUUCAACACGCACAGCUACCAUAAAGGCAUUGACUGGUAUAUGGAUUUCUUCCCGGUGCCAUCUAAUGUCACAACGGACUUCCUGUUUGAGAAGAGUGCAAACUACUUCCCCUCAGAGGAGUCGCCCAAACGAGCCGCAGCCCUGCUGCCCCGAGCCAAGGUCAUCACCCUCCUCAUCAACCCCUCAGACAGGGCCUACUCAUGGUACCAGCACCAGCGUGCUCAUGAGGACCGGACGGCGCUGCGCUCCAGCUUCUAUGAGGUGAUCUCCGCUGGGCACCAGGCGGCUCCAGAGCUGCGCUCCCUCCACAACCGCUGCCUGCUGCCCGGCCUCUACGCCACACACAUGGAGCGCUGGCUCACACACUACCCACCCAACCAGCUGAUGAUCAUUGACGGGCAGCAGCUGAGGAAUGACCCUGCAGCGGUCAUGGACGAGGUGCAGAAGUUCCUGGGAGUGUCGCCCCACUACAACUACUCGCAGGCCCUGACGUUUGACCGGCAGAAGGGGUUCUGGUGCCAGCUGUUGGAGGGAGGGAAGACCAAGUGUCUUGGGAAGAGUAAAGGCAGGAAAUAUCCCCCCAUGGACCCUGAGUCGCGGGCGUUCCUGUCCCACUACUACCGGGACCAUAACGUGGAGCUGUCCAAGCUGCUGCACAGACUGGGCCAGCCGCUGCCCGCGUGGCUCAGAGAGGAGCUGCAGAAGGUCAGAUAACCCCGCCUGAGCCCCGCACCGCCACACCCACCAGAGAGAGAGCAGCGCGCCACCGCAGAAUGACCAGAGAGCUGCGCCAGCGUCCGGCGCCUGUGUCCACCCUGCAGCCCCUGACCGGACCAGCAGGCCCCGGGGCCCGCAGCACGCACAGACACAGGCACAGGCCAGGGGACGGAGGACAGGACAGCAGGGAGGGACUGACUACCAGCAUGAUGGAGCGUGUGUGUGUGUGUGUGUGUGUGUGUGUGUGUGUGUGUGUGUGUGUGUGGAGCCGGUCCAGCCAUGGGAAUAUGGACUGCUGAGUCCAGUGCUGGGGAACGCUCGAGUCUCCAUGGUGACCAAUUUGCACUAAGUUUCAGUACUUGCCAGUGUGUAUGUGGCCACAUGUGUACAUAUAGACACAUGUGCAUGUGAAAAAAUGCAGGCACACAAGCACACACACCUUCAUUUGGAUCAAGGACUCGGGGAUAUAGAUGGGCUUUAGAUUUUUAUUUUAGAGUUUGACAUUUUUUAAUGUGAUCUUUUUUCUUAUCUUCUGUUGACCUUUGCAAAAGAAUGAGCUGGUCAAACUGUGGGUCAGACCAUGACCACAAACUGAGAGCAUUCCUUGUGUUUACAUAGUUUCUCUUGUUGACACACUUACAUUCAUGCAUACAGCACCUGCACACACACUGUACACAGUUGGAAGUUUGUUUUUGAUCACGUUUAGUGUGUGUGAGUGUGUUGGUUGUGGGUGAGGCACUGAAAGGUGUCAGGACCAAACUGAACUCAUUGGAGGAAGUGAUGUGAUGCGUGACCGCUGCUAAGGGAGACCCCCCACCCUUCAUGACCUCUGAACUCCUCUGUCAGGGGGAGAGGAGCAGCAUCAGGACGCUCUGAGCCAGCACCUGGAGCACCUGGCCACCACCACCUGCUCCUCCGUCCAGCUCUGCUCCCACAGGCCUCGCCCCACACCGCCCACUGACCCACCCGUUGGCACGCUCGCAGGCAUCAGGCACCCAAUCAGGUGACAGAAGCACUGGGAGACCACUACUGGUAGAGCACUCAUCACCCUGGAGCCUCAACUGAGUGGAUGAGUGUGUUUCAGUGUGGGUGCCACAAGCACGCUCCAUACACCCUCCUCCUGUGUCACUGAGAACCUGUGCAACACUGGACUCUCCAUUUACUCAGUGUGUGUGUGUGUGUGUGUGUGUGUGUGUGUGUGUGUGUGUGUGUGUGUGUGUGUGUGUUAGUUGCCAGGUUAGCCUUAGCUUUGCUCACUAGGACUGUUGCUGUCAGACUUGCUGGAUUACGUACAUGUCUCCUUCCGUUUUAAAGAUGGCCUCAGUGACACUGAGUGAGCUGCUCCGAAGAACUGUAAAU